AGUACUGAUCACUGUGUUAUUGUCACUGGGGUGCACGCAUUCAUUUUACUGCGGGUGGGUGGUUCCAGGGGUGGACUGACAACUCAUGGGGCCCCCGGGCAAUAGGGGAUCAUGGGGCCCCUGUGUCCUUGCCCAAACUCAAAAAAAGCCUAUGAAAAAGGUACCAGGGUCAUCUCAUGGGGCCCCCUACUGACCCUGGGCCCUCGGGCAGUGCCCGUGUUUCCAAAUGGUCAGUCCGUCCCUGGGUGGUUC